GUCAUGCCGAGUGUAGGGUUUCUCGAUGAGGAAGAAAAAGACAGCGACGAUGAGCGCGUUGAGGGCUCCGAUGGACUACAAGAGCCUGGAGGAAGAGCUUCACGCGGCUCUCGCGGCCGACGAAUUGUACAAGUUGCAAAACGAUGCCAAGCUCCGGGCGGUUGAACAAGGUGUGCCGACGUAUGAGCACUUCAGGCAGAUGGUGAAUGCUGCUCACUUGAAACCCCUCGAUCGUAAUGACGUGAAGCCGAAGAUCGGCGUGCAGUGGAACCCUGUGAGCAACAGCACCAGACAUCCGAUCGCGUCCGCAAUUUGGAGAAAAUCGAAACGCGCCGAGGGGAACAAGCGAGAUGUAAAGGCGGAAGCCUCGGAAGCGUGCGAGGACUUUCUGCGGCAUUGGAGAACGCUCGAAGACUACUCCGAGAGGCUCGCUUACAUGUGGGGUUUGAGGCACGUCCUGCAGACUCGUAUUUUUCGAGUGGAGAUACCUACGUUCUUCCUCGGUGACUUGAUGAACGUGUGCCUGCACUGUGUGUCCGAGGUGGACGAUGUAACGCAGAUCAUAGAAAUUCUCGACAUAUUAAGCACUUGCAGCAGAUUCGAUCUGACGGUAUACUUCAUGACGAAGGACGAGCAAGUCGCGUGCAAGCAGCUCUUCCAACAAUUGCGACUCAGAGGAAGAUCGCGGGAUAAAUCAUCGGAAGACGCGAUCGUGCCGCUAGCUGCCAAGUAUCGGAUCGAGCUCGAUGCGAGUUCUUAGCGAGUUCGGGAGAAACGCAACGAACAAUGUAGCGUAAAUAAAUCGUAAACGUCGA